ACGUACACAAUUACGUAAUCUAAAUAUAGUUGGCAUGUGGACGCGUUAAAUAUCAAAUAAAACUCUUCGCACAGACGCGGAACUUGAUCCUGAAAAGCGCCAUUUUCAAUCUUAUAGACGUUGUCCGCAAACGCCUACUUCAACUUUAGAACUUGCCGGGGAACAAACCGUUCUCGGUCUUUUAGUGAUCGAUUUCUGUGACAUUUUCCCUUUUAUAACCGAGUACUAAGCGACUAACGAUGAAAUAAACCCAAGGCUAACAUCGAGUUUAUACGUAGGUAAAAUACUAAAAAUAUGGCAACAGAAAACAAAGAAGGAUGUUGUACUUAUCCGUUUUUAAAAUCACUCCUGAGAGUAUUUAAUUUUAUAUUUUUGAUAACUGGGAUUGGAAUAAUAGCAAUUUCUGUAUGGACCUUAAUUGAUAAAUUUAAUUUUGUAACAGUUUUAAGUACAAUAAAUUAUCAAUUAAUUACCUACACGUUACUUCUAGCGGGAUGUCUUGUAAUAUUCGCGAGUUUUCUAGGAUGUCUGGCUAUAAAUAAAAGUAACAAACCAAUGUUAUUAACUUACAUUUUUUUACUUGCUUUAAUUUUUUUGAUUGAAGCUAUGGUUGGUAUAUUAGGUUUUAUUUAUUUGGAUGCUGUUAAAUCAGAGUUGGAUAAGAAUUUAAACGAAACAUUUUUAACCACUUAUCAGUAUGAUGAAGCCAAAACUCAAUCGAUUGAUUUUAUACAAAAAGAGUUUAAAUGUUGUGGAGCUAUGGAUUUUGAAGACUGGCAACGAAGCAAAUGGAAAACAGAAAAUUCAUCAGUAAUCAACAAAGUUCCUGAUUCAUGUUGCAAAACUUUGACAGAACAUUGUGGAAUAAGGGAUCACCCAUCAAACAUUUAUUAUGAUCCAUGCUUUUUUAAAAUAGAAGAGCUAAUUAUAUUACAUCUCUCAAAUAUGAGCGCUGUUGGACUAGGUAUCAGCAUUUUACAAAUAUUCGGAAUAAUUUUCGGUUGUUGCCUAUUUUGUCACAUAAAAGACGACUACGGAGAACGCAUUUAAUUUUAUGUUUACCUUUUAAUUUGGUGUACAAUUUCCUAGUCAAUAAAAAACAAAUUUAAAUCUCC